AUGCGUACUUCAUUCUUGACUAUCCUCCUGCUGCAAGGCACCUCUGUAGCCCUCGCCCAGCCAACCACUUCCGAGGUCAUCCAGGCCAGUGAUGAGAUAUCUCUGCUAGCUGGCCAGGCUUUCCAAGAAGCUCAAGCCCAAGUCAAUGAAGCCGGUUUAGAGAAGCGAAGAAGCCAUUGCUCUUGGAAGAACAUUCGGAUUCGAAGGGAGUGGGGCACCCUAUCCAGAAAGGAACGCAAGUCCUACAUCGACGCAGUCAAGUGUCUCCAGAGCAAGCCUGCCAGGACUCCCGCCGACGUCGCCCCUGGUGCCAAGACUCGCUUCGACGACUAUGUGGCCACUCACAUCAACCAGACCUUGAACAUCCACUACACAGGCAACUUCCUGACAUGGCACCGUUACUUCACCUGGGUGUAUGAGGAAGCGCUCAGGAAUGAGUGUGGCUACAAGAGUACACAGCCUUAUUGGGACUGGGCCAAGACUGCCGCCACUGGCCUGACAAGCUCUCCCAUCUUUGAUGGUUCUGACACUUCCAUGUCCGGAGAUGGCGCUUAUGAAGGCUCCCGCGAGGAUAUCAUCCUUGGAAAAAACCAACCCGGACUUACCCCAAUACAUCUCCCUACGGGAAACGGUGGUGGCUGCGUAAAGUCGGGUCCCUUCAAAUCUAUGAGUGUGAAUCUCGGUCCUAUCUCUCUGGACAGACCUGGCGGCGAGACAAUCACCAACCCCAAUGGACCCCUUUCAUACAACCCCCGCUGCCUCAAACGCGAUCUCAGUUCCGAGGUCAACCGCCGCUAUUCCAAUGCCUCUUCCAUCCUCUCCAACAUCCUCAAGCCCCAGAAUGUCGCCGACUUCCAGUUGCAGAUACAAGGCAAGCCUGGAACCGGCACCAUUGGCAUCCACGGUGGCGGUCACUACUCCCUUGGAGGUGACCCAGGCCGUGACGUCUUUACCUCUCCCGGCGAUCCUGCCUUCUACCUGCACCACUCCAUGCUCGAUCGUGUCUGGUGGAUCUGGCAAAUGCUUGACCCCAAGAAGCGCGUCUUCAGCGACUCGGCCAUCUCCGGCACGAACACCUUCCUCGACUCUCCCCCCAGCGCCAAUACCACCCUGGACGACUAUGUCGACUUCUUCUACGCAGGUGGAACUCCUACCAAAAUUCGCGAUCUGUUGAGCACUGUUCAUGGUCCUUUCUGUUACGUAUACUUGUAA